AUGCAGCAGCAUUGUAAGACGUUGCAUCAGGCGCUAGAAAAGGAAGAAAAAGAAAAUGAGAAAAUGAAAGAUGUCAAUGCGUAUUUGAAAACUAUAUUGUCCAAAGUAGCAGAGCAUGGCUUGCCGUAUCUAUCUAGCAAUUCACGUAACUUGCUAACCGCUAUCGCCGGCCACGGUGAUGCAGAGACAUUUUACGGCUGUGAGUUCUCCAACAAUUCCCUUUCGCUCAAAUACCCUGGCAGUGGAGCAGAGUGUCUUGACAUGCUUCUAGAUAUUCUCCGUCGUUUGUUCCUGCCACUUAGAUUCCUGGACGCUCAGUGUAGUCUAUCAAACAAGCAUUAUGGCUGGGCCAAUUGCCAAUAUGGCAAGGACAUCGCUCCAGUCAACUGGCCAUGCAAGGACCAUUCAACCAACAAACCAAAUGGACAGUCAGCGUCUAAACCAACUUGCCAGGCAAAUGACCAACCAAAUGGUCAACCAAACUGCCGACCAACUUCACCUUUAAUGUCCUACUUAAAUGACUGCUUGCCGGGUCACUUGCCUCAUCAGUUAACCGAUGCCGGUUGUAAGUCAUCGUGUUCCACCUGUAAGACAGCUGCACGUGGCGUGCCUUGCUUGACGCCACUUGGCUUCAGAGGUUUCUCUGGAAGUACGCGCCUGGGCAAAGAGCUAUGUAACGUGCUAACCAAAAUGCUCGAUGACGCUGAACUCAGAUCCCUAUUCUGCCUUAAACCGAAAACGCCGGCUACGCUGCCCGAACAUUUCGGAUUUGUGCUGUAA